CCAUGUGUAUUCCCGUCUUGAUAGCAAGUGGAAUACACGUGGAUGAAGAGUCUGUUUAAACUUGCUCUUUGAAUGAGUCUUGCUAUCAUUUGCCAAGGUUGAAAUUGAAUCUUCAGUAGUUUUGUUUUUUAUUUCAAAACAAAGAAAAUAAUUUCAAAACGUACUUUAUAUGUCCCAAUGAAACACGUUAAAUUGGGUAGCAAUUUACAGUGAGCCAUCAUCAAUCCCAUUUUCCUCCCUUUUUCAAUCACGCCCUUUCUAAUUUCUGCAAGCUUGAAAUUUCUGCCGCGAGCCAUGGAUCCUGGUGAUCCUUGUACAAAAGGAACCAGCUAUGUUUCAGUAAAUUCAUUUUUCAAUGCAAAUGUGUGUCCAAGCGUUGGGGUGAAGUCUGCAACGUGAAUUGCAAAAUCCCAUGUUUAGCACUCUAGUUGUGGGAACUGGAACCUUUUUUCCAAGCAUUACGGAGGAGGAUCUGACUCCGAAUCUGCAGCUACCACUUAUUCUGGAAGCAGAGACAUUAUUUGUGCUAGGGGCAUGUAAUGAUUUGCUUUUGUGCUGCCCAGCAAAGGAUGAUCAGCGUGAGUUAUACAUCUGUAAUCCAUAUACCAAGCAGUGGGUUGCUGUUCCUCCUCCCCCAGAAGUCCAAUGCAUAUGCCCUCCCAUCGGAUUCAUUUGUGAACCCUACUACAACAGCUCCUCCAAGAAAGACGACUUAGACGACAGUGUUAAUGAUCAUCAUUGCAAAUCACAACACAAACUUAGUUGUACUAGUACCGCUACCACUUCGUAUACUAAUACUACCAUCCAGCUGAAUGCUGAGUACAGGUGCAGGGUUGUGCGAAUACUUCAAGAUGGCCAUGUCGACUUGUUCUUUUCAGAGACUUGUUAUUGGAGAGAGUCAGUUAAUGUAGCAUUCCCAAGGUGUUAUACUGAGAUCUGUAGUGGUGGUGUUGCUCACAAUGGGAAGUUGUAUUGGCACGGCUCUGAUGAGUUUUCAACCACGGAUGAUUUUACAGCCUUUACUUUUGAGCUGGAUCCAUUCGGUACUACUACUGCUGAUGGUAAUAUUAUUGUUGAUAAAUGUUGUAUAACUCUGGGGCCAGUUGAUUCUACGGAUUUUCAACUAACUACAACUUCGUGUCAUAUGUCUCUUGGUUCAAGCCAAGGGUGUCUGCAGGUGUGCCCACGAGAGUUUACUGAUAAUUUCAGUGUCUGGGAGUUGGAAGAGGUUGCUGGAAGAGGAGAUGAUUUGAAGUGGCGUUUGGUAGUUGAUGAAGUUUCAUUGUAUCAAAUAGACUCCUAUUCCAAACACCCUUUACUCCUAAACUAUGGAGGCCAAAAGUUCAUCAAAAUUGAGCUAGGCUUCCACCCAAAUUAUAAGGAUAUCAUCUAUUUAGAUGACUAUAGUCAAGUUCUGAUGUGCAACCUUAGCGCAAGAACGCUAGAGUUAGUUCCAGGGAUUCCGAGUUUCGGCAUAUAUUUGGAUCAACAGGGUAUCCACCCAUUUGUGCUUCCAUGGUGGCCAACACCAGUUCCCAAACUUAACUAGUGCAACAAAUGUAUUUCACGCAAUGCAACUAAUGAUUUUUUCUAUAAAAGGUUUGGUGCAAUUCCA